UGAUUUCAUUAGCCUAUUCUGUUGGAUCCGACUAAUGAAAUCACUUAGUGUCGAUUUGUGUCAGAAAAUUGAUGUAAAAAGAAAAGCGCCCUAUAUCUAGUUGCACUUGGCUGCACCUGAAAUCCUCUUCCCGUCCCUCUAACUGGCAACGUCUCUCAUGCCUAGGCUCCCGCUCUAUAUCGUAUAACACCAGAUCAGUUCGCGAAUUCCUUAUUCCUGCCCCCGAUCGCCCCUCGACGUGAGUAGUGACAGCCAUUUUGUAAAGCUCGUAUCCGUAGCAUCUUCACACAGAAAGUACGACGCGGGAACGACGUGACGCGUAAUACUAUCCUUGCGUUAAUAUAAUUGUGAUAUAAAUUAAUUUAACGGUUAGAGAGUAUGGGACGUAAGAAGAAGAAGCAGUCGAGACCGUGGUGCUGGUACUGCAAUCGCGAAUUCGACGACGAAAAAAUUCUGAUCCAGCACCAAAAAGCGAAACACUUCAAGUGUCAUAUAUGCCAUAAAAAGCUAUACACUGGUCCCGGACUGAGUAUACACUGUAUGCAGGUCCACAAAGAAGCUAUCGACAAAGUACCAAAUUCUCUUCCUAAUCGGAGUAACAUUGAAAUAGAAAUAUAUGGCAUGGAAGGUAUACCGCCAAAUGACGCCAAAGAACAUGAGAGACAAAGAAACGGGGGUCGGCCAGGAUCGCCAAGCUCUGGAGAAGAUGAACCUGCACCCAAAAAAUCCAAGCCGGAAGGUUUGCUCGGCUCUGCGCCUGGGGCUGUUCCUACUGGCUCUAGCAUGAUGACGGGAGUUAUGCCUGGCCUCUCUGCCCACCACGGAAUGCCUCCGCACAUGGGACAGUUUCCACCUCACAUGCACCAAAUGAUGGGGCCCAUGGGACCUGUCGGACCUCCUUUCAUGGGGCCUGGCAUGAUGCAGGGGAUGCCAGGAAUGCCUCCAGGAAUGCAGCCACCAGUUUCGGGUGCGUCAAUGCCCUCCAGGCCACUCUUUCCAAGUGUCGUAUCGACAGCGACGUCUUCCACACCUGGAUCAUUGCCCUUGGGAGCUGACUUUAAGCCAAUAACAUCAAUAGCAGGAGGUUCUAUUGGCCCGAUGAAACCGACGUUCCCGGCAUAUGGGGGUGGUGAUAAUGCUGCAAGCCUGCAAAGUAACAGUACAAAUGACCAAAAAGUUAGCCUUAUCGCGACGACUGGCGCUGCUAGCAAAAUAAUCCAUCCCCAAGAGGAUCUUAGUCUGGAAGAAAUACGAGCCAGAUUACCCAAGUAUCAACGUCGCCAGACAGAAGAUACUAGGCCUACGCCAGCAGAAACGUCUCAGCAUGUAGCUGCACUGCAGCACCAACAUCAGCAGCAGCAGCAACAGCAUCAGCAGCAACAACAUCAGCAACAUCAGCACCAGCAGCAUGUUGCUGCUGCUGCAUCUGCUGCGGCGGCGUAUCAAGACCAGCAACAGAGGCAACAGGCAGCCCUUAGUGCACUCCAGCAACAGCAGCAGCGAUUCCAGCGACCGCCUCAGACCGUUAUGGUUCCAGCCUCCGCAGCUAUGCCGGUCAGUUCUGUCGCCCUUAUGGCCCCUCUGAUGCGCCCGACUAUGACCUUGGCUGCACCCGCUCUUAUUCAUGGAGGUAACAUGAUGCGACCGCCCCCCAUGGGCCUGCCUCCAGGUAAGUGUCCAAUGACUUUAUCCCCUGGCCCCCUGCCCCCUUGCCGCCGUCCAUUUUCUAUUUUCCAAAGCCCCUGCCAGCCCUGGCCCCAUCCCUCCGAGCGUCGGGAGUCUCGGGAGACCGAGUUGAAAAUUCAAUGAAAAAAAGAAAAAGAAAUGUAAUGACGUACAAUAAUUAUGGGCUUUCCUAUCACGUGUAGUGGUUGCAUAUUAUACUUCAAAUGAGAACCACUGAUACGAUUGAAGAAAACGUUUCUGGGUGAACGGAUUUGCAGAGAACUUUACCGAUCUUCUCUAUUUUUGAGUUUUAUUUUAUCGACUGUCUUGUGGAGUUUCUUUUCUUUUUAGUCUGAAGGGCGGGGUUGGAUGGACUGAGGUUGCGUUUUAGUGUGGUGGGAUUUUUGAGUGAUGCAAAUCAAUGGAUAGACUAAUAUGAAACCACUACAAGACAGUAACAAUGUUCUAUCGAAUCCAUUCUUUGGUCAGAAAAAGUUUUCUUCAGCAUCCUGGAUCCACUGUACACUUUUAAUUUACGUAUCUUCUUAAUUGCUAUUUUUUUCAAUAGCUAUAUACCCCUACUUUUUGCAUUGGGCGAUUCGUUUUGGGUGUCGUAUGGAUACAGCAGCUUAGUCUGUAGCUCGAUGAUUACCGUAAAUAUCUUUUCGUCGCGUCAAUGGCUGUUAUUGCGAUAGUUUGAUGCUGUGUACUUUGAGACGGAUGUAUAUAACAUACUUUCCUUGGCUUCCAACUCGAAAAAUAAUCAGUGUACAGUUACAACAGUCAACGUAAUGCAUCUCUUGCAAAAAUACUUUCCACUUUUCUAAAAAUGUAUAUAAAUCUGGAACAGACAAUAAUAGUAAUGUAUAAGAUGUUGCACUCUUAUCCGAUAUCCAAUUCGAUGUUGACCAAGUCCAGAAUUACGUAAAAUAUGGAGUAAAAAAACCUAUAUAUAUAUAAAAACAAAACAAGUGAAAAACAGAAAAAUAGCACACUCAGGAUUCACCCAUGCGCCGAACUGACGACAGCGUCGUACGUUUACGUUAUAACGGUGCGUUUGCAGGGCGCCCUGUCACUCCUCGGUGAGUGUUGAACGAACGUUCCCAGUCUGGUUACUAAAACCGUGUUUUAUACAAGUGCAACAAGGUUGGUCCUUAGCAAAUAGCAUGCGGUGACAUGGCCUAUAUCUCAUUACUUUUAUUUUAUUAUUAUUGUUAUCAUCGUCAUCAUCGUCAUCAUCGUCACCAUUCUCAUCGUCAUACUCAAAAUCACGAUAUUUAUUAUUUAUGUCAUUAUCACAGUCACAAUUUCAGCUAUUAUUAUCGUUACUAUUCUUAUCAUCAUUGCUAAGCGGCAGGUUGCCAAUUUUUUUUGGCUAACAGGCCGAGCGGUCAUUCUCACAUUCUUAAUUACUGACAUUAACAAUUUUCGUUUUCGAGGCUGCAACAUUUAUCACACUAAAACUGUUUAUUCAAUCGCUAAAUGAUCAUACACUAGUCUUAAAAUCGAUUUUUUAUACAUAAAAUCUUGAAUUAUAGUUCUCAGUCUAACAACAAAUCAUGUCCAUCUAUUUAUUUAUUUAUUUAUCAUUGACAUAUAUUUCAAUGACUUGUCCGAGAUAGUUUGAAAUUGUAUCACUACGCCAAAUUCAAACAUGUCUUAAUUACGUGGGAAUGAAAAAACAUAGACAUAAAAGUACCUGCUUCAUGCAUUCUAUUACGAAAAAGAAUAGGGUUCUUUGUCAAACACAAUUUAAUUAUAAUAGCUUACUAACUUGGGUAAAUAUGAUUGAAAGACAACUUUUAAAUUCAUGUCAAGUAAUUCUUGAUAAUUCGGUGGAUUAGGUUUUUAACCAGGCGAUCGGUUUAAUCAUAAGUAUAAUAAACUUAUGGAUCGCGCCCGCUCGGCCAUAAUUGAAUAUCAUACAUUUAUUAUUACGUAAACAUACAUAAAUUUUUUGCGGUCGUUUUAUUUUUAAUUUUUUUUUUAUUUUACUUUGGUUUUAUUUUUAGCCUCUACUCAUUGUUUCUCUUUACCGUACUAUCUUGUAAUCACUUACCAUCCCAUGCCAACCAUACAUCAUAAUAUAUCCUGUCUCUUAUAUUUAUAGCUUGACUCCUGGUGUUGUGAUACAGUAGUGAAAAUGCUUUUUGGGCACGGUUUUGUCCGUUGUUUGAAAUAUUCAACCAAGGUGGCAUCGGUGCAUUUUUCAUGAACCCAAUUUUUAAAAAUUUUUAAUCUUGGAGAUGUUUUUAACAUGGCAUAUAAAUUUCAAAUUAUCCUUUGUUUUCGAGUUUGAAAGUGGCAGUACGGUAAAGUCAGAGUAGAUCAAUUAAGAAAGAGUAAACAUAAAUGAAGGUAUUCGAUAAAAAAAAAAUGAGGAAAUUCUUACCUGCAAAGUUUUUUCUCUUUUCUUUUCUUCUACCCAUUUUUGCUUCUGUAUAUUUCAAUUUAAAUUAUUUUCAAUAAAUAUUUUUUGUUUUUGUUUUUAUUUCCGAGCAUAUUACAAAUGAAGGGGACAAAUUUCUCCAAAAAGUAUUUCGUUGUGUUCCAUUAAUUUUUACUGUUUAAACUAUGUCAAUGUUUUGAAUAAUUAUUGCGCGUUCAUGAAAAAUGAUACAAGUAUAUGAAAAAGUCGAUUAUCUUGAUCGUAAUUAUGCUUUUAGUUUUGAAUGAAAUGUUUCAUAAAAAUAAAUUUGCAACACCGAACAUAACUAUAUAAUAUUCACACUAGCCUAGCUUUGUGUCACACAUAUACAUUUAUAUAAGUUUGACCUGACCGACAGUAAGUAACGAAUUCACAUACCAGCAUAUAUACUAUAUUACAUAAUUGGAAUAUUACAUAUAUACAUAUAUAUGUAUGUAUGUUAAACAAUUAAAUAAAAUUAAACCUAACAAAUGGGGAUAUGAUAUUCCGUAGAUAGAAUCCUCAGCGCGAUUCUGCGGCUUGUAAAAUUGAAAGCAAGUGACAGAUGACUGAUUAGAUUUCAUCUCUCAAUGAUUAGCGACUGCAGGCGCAAGUCAUUGCUAGACUUUAGUAUGGUGUGCAGUUUGUGUGGUAAUCGUUUAGCACAGUUUAAUCAUUUGUUGUUGACUUGGCUAAUGUAUACAGCACAUUGCAUGCUGAUUGUUCGAAAUCUACAGUUCUUUCCGUUUUUCCAAAUAAAAUUUACAUAAAAAAUAAUUGGCUAUGCACUGUACAGAAAAAUAAAUAAAUUAAUCACUGACAAAAAUCGAUUGCUAAUACUUUGCAUAUUUAGAUCACUUAUUCAAUCAUCAGUCGAUAUAAAACUGUCAAAAGAUGGAACGGAAGCAAUAAAUGAUUUUUUAUCUCAUCCUAUUUUCCGUACCCAUUACGAUCAAGUCAGCUGUCACUCGAAUUUCUCUUCAACACAGUCGUAGUCGAAUUGCGUUCAAUCCUACUCAGCGUCGUAUACUACAGACACCUUAUUUUUAUAAUUUCUACGCAGAUAUCUUCAAUAAUUCAAGAAAACAAAUUACAAACUUAUUACCAGGUUCUUCUACCCCAUUUACUAUACUUUAUUUUGUAUUCUAUUCUUUCCGUUCUUACCUCGAACCACCUUUACAGGUGAGAGAUAAAGUAUAAAUUUGUGAUUUAAGAAGACGUUUGAUUGUAAAGUAGAAUGCGCUAUAAAUUUUUGUCUGUGUUACGACACGGGGUAUGGAGAUAUAUGUUUAUUAUUCAUGGAGACUGAGGCUGACGUAAGUAUAACGAAAUGCUGUUGAUAUGUUCUCUUUUUUUAAAAUUAUUAUUGUUUUUUUUUUCUUUUUUUUUCCUUCUAAAUCUUGUUUUAAAUGAGAGACGUGUGGUGGAUGAGUUGAAUUCAGUCGUGGUUUUUUGCAGGGAUGAUAGGCGCCCUACCGCCGGGUGCGAUGCACCCAGCGUUCGCCACUCCCAUGGGAUUUCCAGGAGCACCAAUGCUCGCCCCGAUGAUGCAUCCACGCUUCAGAUGAUCGCCCCCCUCGGACGGGCCCAACCCACCCCUGCAUUUCGUGCUUUGGGCCCGCCCGUAGCGGCUGGAAUCUGACGAUAUCAUCGAGGACGUUCAGUCGACGAUGAAGUGAAGCCUCGGAAGCCUCCACAUCAGCUGCAUCUAAAACCAUCAUGUUAACACGAAGUUAGCCAAACUAUUUGUUUUUCAAAUAAUAAUUAUUAUUAUUAAUAUUAUUAUUAUUGAUAUUAUGUCAUGAUGUCAGUAACUUCCGGCAGCCGUUGAGAGAAAGAGAGCGAUUUGUUAAUCAUGGAAGUGGGCUGCCCAAGUUUUUGAACUGUUUUUAAGGAUCACAACAGAAAAAGGACAUCUCAUACUGGUUGAAUUCAACAUAUCGACGGUUGCGUAGAAUAAUCGGCUAUCUCGAGUUAGGUUUCAAAAACCGGGUAUUUCGAGGUUUGCUUGGAAACCCAGUAUAUCUCGAGUUAUCUUUGAAAAACCGGCUAUCUCGAGUUUCGCUUGAUAAACCGGCUAUCUCGAAUUAGGCUUGAAUAACCGGCUAUUUCAAGUAAAGUUCAAAAACCGGCUAUUUCGCGUUUGAAAUUUUUUGGCCGUAAAUUAAGUUUACAAUGACAGUAAAUUGGUAAUGACAUUAAAUGUCACUAUGCCGAAAUGAUAAUCUUUAAUUUCAUCUCAACAUACGCCUGAUGCUUUAUACUUUCAUUUCUGCAUUAUAAUUAUUAAUUAUGUAGAUAACCAUAUAAUACCUACAUUCACAAAACGGAACUUGUAUGAAUUUUGUGAGGCGUUGACGAAUUUCGUAUUCAGCCCGACAGUGCUACCAACUUAAUUUACGGCCGAAAAAUUUCGAACGCGAAAUAUCCGGUUUUUGAACUUUACUCGAAAUAGUCGGUUAUUCAAGCCUAAUUCGAGAUAGCCGGUUAUUCUACGCAACCGUCGAUAUCUUCAUCUUUCACCUCCUCGUUUAUGAUUUUUAUUAAAGUAUUCUCGUGGACUCUUAUCGCGCAGCCGAUAAUAAGCGUAUCUAAUGUGGAUAAAAUUAUCAAAACUUUCUCAAUUGCACGCUUAUUAUAUAAUCUAAUUUUUUUUUUUUUUUUUUUCGUUAUUUCAUUUUAUUUUAUUCUGGUAAUACAGUCGAGUAUUCCGGCAAUGUGGCGGAAUGAAAUGCAGACUCACAUAUUCCUUGCUAUGUUUUCUCGUGUUUAUCAGGUCAGUUGAGAUAUAAAAUUAUCGUUUCUCAUUAUUAUUUUUUCGUUUCAUUUUUCGACUUUUCACAUUACAGUUAAACUGUACCUGGGAUUCUAAACGAUCUGUUCGCGCUCUUUCUCACGAUGUCUUUUCGGUUUACUCCCACACACCAAUUUCCUCUUGGAGAGGCUGCUCGCAAACGCGGAUAUAGGUGGUGCUUCACGCUGCUACCAGGAUACAAUAAAUUUCUUAGAACAGCCAUCAAGUCUAACGCAUCGCAACUUUCUUUAUUUAUAUUUGAAUAAACAAUAACGAGUAUAUAAAUUGCGAUAUUUAUAUAUAUAUAUUAAUAUAUAUAUGUGCAUAUCGAAUGAACAUUGCAAAAUAGAGUGGAACGUUUUAAGAAAAAAAAACAAUUUCCGCCCGUUUGUAACAUCUAUUGAUAUUUUCGUUAUUCCUCGAGAAGCUUUGAAUUGUAGAUUUUACCCUGGCAUUGAAUUCUUGUUUUGAAAUAUUCUUAUUUGUAAAUAUUUUCAGCUUAUUGCAUCGCGAUAAGGUGUGGUUACAUUUUUUGAUUUUUCUUGUUCUUUUUUUUUUUCAAUCCUUACCUUACGAUCCGAAAUAACUUUUUCUAAAUCUUCAAACCUUGACAGUUACUUAUACAGAAUACACAAUCUGUAUCAAUUUUGUGAAAGUGUACAAGUCUGGAGGCAGCGUGGAGGCUGAGCCGCCUCAGGUUAGUCUGUCCCAAAUUUUAUUUUGUUAUCACUUUGGGCUGAAUCGACUUUAUACAAACUGAAAUUACAUGCAUUAGCAACCAAGUAUAAAGCGUAUCGGUAGUAUGCUUAUUUAAUAUCGUCGAUUCAGCUGAAAGCCUUUCUUCGGAAGAAACAAGUCGGCGACGAUUGAGUGAGUGGUAAGUACGGAGAGUGUUUAUUAAAACGUUAGCUCUCUUCACUCGACUCACGCCGUUUUUCCAUCUCCUAACCUUUGCUCAGUCUUCUCAAGCCAUGGAUUCAAUCAAUUUCAAAAAAGUCUCAACCAAUCGAGACUGACUUUUUAUAUCAACCAUUCUCAUUAUUUCGAUGAAAGUAAUACAUAAUUUAAAGAAAAUUUGUUUGUUAGCACAUUUUUGUUCUAACAAAUCUCAUCAUUGUUAUUAUUGUUGUUAUUAUUAAUUGUCAUGCCCAAAUUUAUGAUUUAUUGUGAUGCAUAGUAAGUAAAAAUUCUUAUCGUUUUACGGACUAUCCGUAGCUAGGGAAGACUCAAUCUCCUGAAACACGACUACAUAUUCACAGUGUCUCUUCCUUUUUUCUUGAUACUCAGAAAACAGCAUACUGUGACCCAUAUAGACAUGUACGUAUCUCUACACAUUGUUAUCAUACACUUACAUCUAGUGGUUAUGUUCCUCGAUAAGUGGAUGGUACUCGGUUAUUCGUGCAAGAGAGUGUCUAUCACCAUCCCGUAACUCCCUAGUAUCCUUUGUUUGCUAUUAUUUUUAUAGAUAAUAUUCACCGUGCAACAAGACCCCACGGUAUUACAGAGACUUUUGCUAUCGCUGUCUGACUUUGAAGUCUUCGGUAAAAUUUGGUAAAUUGUGUAUAAGCGAAAUGGAUUUGCAGCGAUCAGUUAUUACGAGUAUACACACAAGUUAACAGUUGUGAUCAAAGUGUUUUAAUUUCGUUCAUCAGCUAGCUACAAUCUGUAGCUUGCAAUGAAGCGCAGGCAAUAGAUGAGUAAUAAAUUAUGAAGUUGGAUUAGAUUGUCUGGUUUAUCUUCUUUUUUCUUUUAAGGAGCAUCUACAAAAUGUUGGCUAUUCAAUUAUUGACGUGAUUUGUUAAUGAGGGGGAAAAACACAUUUGAUCUGGCUUUAAUCGUUUUCGUCGUCGGAAAACUUUUUAGUUAAUUUUUAAAUUACAGAGAUUUAUGCGAAUUUUUUACGAUCAAGGCAUUAUAUGUAGACCAGUUCCUUGACUGUAGAAUGUUGGAGUGUUUCAUUUAGGAGAAAAUAUGACUUCAAUUGAAAUGUUGGUAGCUUCCAUAAAUUGAGAAACAUAACCAGUUUACCGAAAUUGAACAUGUAGAAGUUCUGUUAUUUAUUGAGUGUCAUUUAUGAAGUGUUUAAAAAUAAAGACGUUCUGUGGAAAGCUUGAUUAAUUGGACUUAGCCCGCGAUUUCGGGAAUUUACUGAAAGUCUUCUACUCUUUGUUUGCAAAGUCAUGAAAAUAAAAAAAAAAAUUAUAUUUAGGAAGUAAGAUAGAGAUAGAAAACAUAGAGAUUUAACGGAAAUGUGCAGAUUGUUGACUCGUGUAGAUUCCUGGCAUCGCGGACGACAGUCACAUAUUGUUUCACCAAUCACAGCCUUAACUGCUGUUGGACCAUUUCGGUUCCUUGCCCCAUGGCAGGCGAUUGUUUGGACCUACCGUCAUUAAAGUCAACGAAUCUCAACUCCCAGUUUUAUAAAUUUUGAAGCCCAGAAUUAUAAACAUGUGUACCGAAAUUACGAGGUAAAGAACAGACAAAUGAAAAAAAAAACGUUUACACAAUUUGUCAAAAAUAUUGUAAUAUUCAGGAAACUUGAGCGGGAGAUUGAGAUGACACCAAACCGAUGAUCACAUUUUUGAAGUACAAAUACCUGAUUGUAGAAUUGUGUAUUUAUGUAUAAUUUAAAAGUGCAAUAAUGACAGGAUGUUCGCGUUGAACAAUACGAUUAUAGGCGACCAUAAUAUUCAUUGAUAAACGACGGUGUUAUACCAGUUGCCUUUUCAAUUUCAAAAAGAUCUAAUAUUGUUUUCAAAUUACUUGUAUUUCUCUAUUUUUAGAUACGAUGCAAUCACUGUUUCUUUCUCGUACCAUUUAUGGUUUAGAAAAUGAUAGCAGGAGGAAGCUCUUUAUACAGGCUUCUUAAUUAUUUAUAGAAAUGUUCAUAGAAGAAGCGAAAUAUAAUUUUGCCGCGGUUGUAUUUGUAAAACUGGAUAUUUUUCACUUGGCUUAAUUGACGCGUGGCUGGACCGAGAAACAAUAUUAGUAAAUUUCAUUAAUUAAGAAUCAUAAAACACAAUAUAAAUUACUCACUUGGUGAUUGGAGAGUUGAGGCGCUGACACUUGAGAACUGUAUUGCUGAAAUUUUGGAUUCUCCUCUUUUCCUUUUUUUUUUUUUUUUUUGUUUUAAUUGACAAUGGAAAUUGGGAUGUAUUAAAUUGUGUUACUUUAAGGAGAUACUCAUUUCAUAGAAAUCUAAUUUUAUGUCACAAGUGUUCGUUAUGAGAAAUAAAACUAGUCCAGUGCGCCGCUCAACACUUCAAUAGAGAAUGCUUAGCCAGGUCUGUGUGUAUCGAUUUCAUUACUAUGCGCAUAUCUACGCUAAUCUAUACAUUUACAUGGUAAUAGAGAAGAUAAUUAUAUGGAUGGAUUUUAUCAGUUCAGUAAGGUAUUUGGACAGAAUAUUAUUUAAUUUAUUUUUUAUUUUAUUUUAUUUUUAUUUUUUUUUUGUACCAAUUACCUGCAUACAUACAUACAUGUAUUUAUGUGUAAAACUAUCCCUAUGCAGGAAUUAUGCAUAUAUCUACACGAUGCAGACCAAAUUAUAGCACUGUUGAUUUUCAGCUGCAACGAUCCGCCACACACUUGUCAAACAUCAAAUGUUGUAUCUCAAGUGUUUUAGUGAAAAAAAUUAAAUAAAUAAAAAUAAAUCUUCGCAUACAUCUAA